CGCCAGGCGCCGCGAGUGGCCGUUCCCCGCCGGGCUCCUCCGGUAUUCCUCCGCGCAGGUUCCGCCAUUGAGUUGUUGCAGUAUGUGAGUGAGGUUCAUCGCCUUCUCUGUAUCUUUUACCUCUAGAGAAAUAAUGGCCCUUAAGAGAAUUAACAAGGAGCUUCAGGACCUGGGGCGGGACCCACCAGCACAAUGCUCAGCAGGUCCAGUAGGAGACGACCUCUUUCACUGGCAAGCCACAAUCAUGGGCCCACCAGAGAGUCCAUUCCAGGGAGGGGUAUUUUUCCUAACCAUUCAUUUUCCUACUGAUUAUCCUUUCAAACCUCCAAAAGUUGCUUUCACAACACGAAUCUACCACCCAAAUAUUAACAGCAAUGGUUCUAUAUGUUUGGACAUUCUCAGGAGCCAAUGGAGUCCAGCCUUAACUAUUUCCAAAGUUCUCCUGUCCAUUUGUUCACUUCUCACGGACCCGAAUCCAGAUGAUCCGUUGGUGCCAGAGAUUGCACGAAUCUACAAGACAGAUAGGGAAAAGUACAAUGAAUUGGCAAGAGAAUGGACAAGGAAGUAUGCUAUGUGAUCCCCUGGUGGCAGAGUGGCAGAGAGCGUCAACGCCCAGCCCCCGCCACUGCCAUACGCAACACCUUAAACCACCCUGACCAUCGCUGCCAUCACAGUGACUGCUGCUGCUGAUCCUUCUAUCCUAUGUCAUCCUGCUGCAAUUUAAUUUUAUUUUUUGGUUCAUUAUUUUUAUUUUUAUUUACUUCCACCCAUCACUACUCAACUGGCUGGUGGAUCAGUAAAAGAAAUAUAAAAGUCUAAAUAUUGCCUCGAUGAUUCAUCACUGCACUACCAGCAUCCAUCACCACCACCUUUUGACCAGCAGCUUGUAAUUUGGCACAGAUCAGGUGGCUCAGAAGUCAGGGCUUGGAGAGUACUAGCCCCCUCCCCCCCAAGUGAAGUGCCACUGCCACCAGCAGGUCUGAUUUGUACCUAGAUUUGUUGUGUACACAGAAAUAUGCCUCAUCCACUGUUGGAAAAUGAUCACGCUUGCGUUCUGUAGUUGUAAUUGUGGGUAUUUCUUGGGUCAUUUUGCUAGUAUGUGGCCAGUUGACUCUAAUAAUUGUUGGGGGAGAAGAGAAACAUAAAACAAAAACAAAAUAAAAAAAACAGGGACUGGAGCCCUUUGAACCAAUAUAUUUACCAGUGCAACAUUUCAUCUUUUAUUUUCACACCCACUGUAACACCUCUAAAUUAUGAUAUUCUUGUAUGUGUCCUAAGCCACACCCUGCUUUGUUCAUUGCAAAAAUGGGGAAACUUCUUAUGUGACUAGUUCUGGGUUCCUAUAUAAUUAUCAUUAUUAUUAUUAUUAUUAUCUUCCUUUUUAAAAAUUCAGUUACUUCGAAUUUCAAUUUUUCCUUUCUGUAAUAUAUCUUAAUCACUUUCACCUAACUGUGUAGUCAUUCCCUCCUAAUCCCACCAAUUUCCAGCCUGUGUGAGUUUUCCUAACAUACAAGAAAGGGGAGUAGGCGGUCCGUAACACACAACCUCAAAAACCAUCAAUACUAGGCUAUUGUUUAACAUAUAACUUGCCAUGUCUCAUUUUCUCUUUAUUUUAUGAUUAAAAAUUGUAUUCCCUAUCCCUGUGAUUUUUUUCGUUUUAGAAUAAUAGGUUCGUUAUUAUUACUAUCUUAAAAUAUUUGUAUUUUAUUUACUUUUUUAUUUUUAUUAUUUUUUUUAUUGUUUUUUUGUUUGUUUUUUCUUCUGCAGAAUUAUUGUAGUAACAAAAUGAAGAUUUGAAUUUUUUCUGCCUUUUUGUAUUACCUUCAUGUUUUGUUUAUAUUAUUAUUAUUGUAAUGCUUAAGGAUUCUAAUUCUUCUUUAACUCUACUAUAACUACUGUUUUCAUGGUCAUUGUCUUUUUGUUUUUUUAUUUGUUUUUACAUUAUUAUUAUUAAUUUUUAAGCUGUGUAGGUCCAAUACCGUCUCGUUGAACAUCCUUGGGCUCUUCUGUGACUCACUAGUCAUCCCUGCAACAAAUAAUAUUGGAAUCGCUAUCAUAAGGGCGACCAUGUCAUGAGACGCCCAUAGGUAAGAGUUUUCAUCCUCAUCACCGAAGAGCCUGGUAGUCAUUGGGACAAAUAUCAGCUUUUUGCCUGCCUCUCAUGAGACUAGGAGGAAUUUCAUUUUUUAAAAAGUUUUUGAUUUAUAAUUUUUCUGGCAGAAAACAUGGGAAGCAGGUAUAUUUAAAUACAUGGCUGUUUGGUUAAUUUAAUACAGUAUUCAAAGUAAAUCUUUUCAAUACAAUUUUGUCAAAUAAAGGUGUACAGAACACAA